CUCACUGCUUUUCCUCAUUUUAGAAAGAAAAACUCCUUUUCUCGUCAUCUUCAUUCUUUCCCUGCUCUUUCUUCUCUGAAAUUAACUUGGCAUCAGAGCUUCCUCCAUUCAAUCCAAAUGGCUACCACCAGAAAUAUACCUGAGUAUGAUCGGAAAAGUGAAUUAAAAGCUUUUGAUGAUUCAAAAAGUGGAGUGAAGGGGCUUCUUGAUGGUGGGAUGACCAAGAUCCCUCUUAUGUUCAUCCACCCACGCUAUAAUCCUGAUGCGAAAUCAGAGUCAGCUGUCUCCCAGUUCAGGGUUCCCUUGAUAGACCUUGAUGGCGUUAAGGACAAUGCAACUGUGCGGGCUAAAAUCAUAGACCAAGUUCGAGGAGCUUGUGAAAACUGGGGAUUCUUUCAGGUAGUGAACCAUGGCAUUCCCGCAAGCGUUUUGGAGGAGAUGAUAGAUGGGAUUCGCGGAUUUCAUGAGCAAGACACUCAAAUGAAAAAGGAGUUCUACACACGCGACUUCAAGGACAAGGUGUCAUUUGUUUCCAAUUUUGAUUUAUUUGAGGCAACAGCAGCUACUUGGAAGGACAGUUUAUCUUGGCCUAUGGUUCCGAAUCCUCCUGACCCCACGGAAUUUCCAGCAGUAUGCAGAGACAUAGUGACGGAAUACUCAAAGCAAGUAAAGAGAUUAGGGUAUACUCUAUUUGAAUUACUGUCGGAGGGACUGGGACUCCAUGUAAACCAUUUGAAAGACACGGGAUGUGCUGAGGUGAUUUUUCAUGUGGGUCAUUACUACCCACCGUGCCCUGAGCCAGAAUUGACUCUAGGCGCCAGCAGACAUGCUGAUAGCGGGUUCCUCACAGUACUUCUACAAGACCAAGUGGGUGGUCUCCAAGUUCUUCAUCAGAAUCAGUGGAUCGAUUUGGUCCCCAUGCCUGGAGCACUAGUAAUCAACGUUGGAUUUUCUCUACAGGUUAUAACAAAUGACAGGUUUAAAAGCAUAGAGCAUAGAGUGUUGGCAAACCGUGUAAGCUCAAGAGUGUCAAUGGCAAGUGCUUUUGGCACAACUCUUUUCCCAUCCUCAAAACUUUAUUCACCGAUUAAGGAGUUGCUAACCCAAGAGAAUCCUCCGAAGUAUAAGGAAGCCACCUUGCAAGCCCAUGUUGCCUACUUGAGAGGCAAAAGGGUUUGAUGCAAUGCACCUCUGCCCCUACUGCAUUGCAAGCUCUAAAUUUGGCCAUGGAGAUGAAGGAGGUUUAUCAUAUCUUUGAAUGGUUUUUGUUCUUGUCUCAUGGUGUUAAUGAAUGAGAUCUUUAAUUAGCAGCUUAUGUACAAUUGGGUAUUGAACCAUAUAUUUUGGAAUAGACAACCUUGAUGGAAUGAAUAUGAUAUGUAAGCUGAUGUUUUGUUA